AUGUACACUGAUCAUCAGAGCACUGAUGAUCAGUGUGCCCUAAUGAUCAGUGUAGCCCCAGCAGUGCCACCUGUCAGUGUCCAUCGUGCCUACCAGUGCACAUCAAUGCCACAUAUCAGUGUCACCCAUCAGUGCCAGUCAGUGCCACCUAUCAAUGCCAAUCAGUGCUGCCAAUCAGUGCCGCCUAACAGUGCCAGUCAGUGCCGCCUAUCAGUGCCAUAUAUCAGUGCUGCCUUUCACUGUCCAUCAGUGAUGCCUGUCAAUGCCCAUCAGUGCCACCUACCAGUUCCUCCACAUCAGUGCCCAUGAGUGCCACCUAUCAGUGUCCAUCAGUGCAGCCUAUCAGUGCCCAUCCCUGCAGCCUCAUUAGCGCACAUCAGUGA